CUUUAUGGUCCACUCAAAAACCAUAAAAAACCCUAUCGUUCCCCACCUUUUCCAGAUCCCUAAUCCCAUCCAAAACCCUCCUCCCCCUCAUCCUCCGCCGCCGCCUCCUCUCCGCCGCGCCGAGCCCCUCGCCCAUGGCCUCUUUCGAGGAUUACCUCCGGCGGGCCCUUGCCGAGAAGCAGACCGCCGUCGACGCCCAGUCCAAGGGCGUACGGGCCCUCAAGUUCCGCCCCGGCGUCUCCAAGGACGAGAUCGACGCCGCCGCGAAGCGACUCCAGACCGCCGUCCGCAGCAAGGGCGACGGCAGCAACAAGGAGGCGUUCAAGCAGGCCGUCGUGAACACGCUCGAGAAGUGGCGCUUCUACAUCCCCUCCUUUAAGAUCUACCGCGGCGUCGCCGGCCUCUACGACUACGGGCCCCCUGGGUGCGACAUCAUAUCCAACGUCCUUGCCUUUUGGCGCCAGCACUUUGUUUUGGCGGAGAACAUGUUGGAGAUGGAUUGUCCCUGUGUCACGCCAGAGAUAGUGUUGAAGGCAUCUGGUCAUGUGGAUAAAUUCACUGACCUGAUGGUGAAGGAUGAGAAGACUGGGACGUGCUACCGCGCUGAUCACUUACUCAAGGACUAUUGCAAGGGGAAGCUCGAGAGGGACCUAACAUUGUCACCUGAUAAGGCUGCAGAGUUCAAGCAUGUCAUCUCAGUGUUGGACAAUCUUUCUGCUGAAGAGCUAGGGGCGAAGCUGAAGGAGUAUGAUGUCAGAUCACCUGAUACCGGGAACCACAUCUCUGAUCCAUACCCCUUCAAUCUCAUGUUUCAGACUUCGAUUGGCCCAUCUGGCAUGCUUCCUGGGUAUAUGAGGCCAGAAACAGCACAAGGUAUUUUUGUGGAUUUUAGGGACCUGUACUAUUACAAUGGCUACAAGCUUCCAUUUGCAGUAGCUCAGAUUGGGCAGGCAUUUAGAAAUGAGAUUUCACCUCGCCAAGGUCUUUUAAGAGCCCGUGAGUUCACACUAGCUGAGAUAGAGCACUUUGUGGAUCCUGAGGACAAAUCCCACCCGAAGUUUGUUCAUGUUGCCAACCUGGAGCUUUUGAUGUUCCCCAGGGAGGAGCAACUAGCAGGGAAAUCAGCCAAGUCAAUGAUCCUUGGUGAAGCUGUUUCAAAGGGAAUAAUCAACAAUGAGACACUUGGUUACUUCAUAGGACGGGUGUAUCUUUUCUUGACUCGUCUGGGAAUUGACAAAGAUAGAUUGCGCUUUAGGCAGCAUCUGCCAAAUGAGAUGGCUCACUAUGCUGUAGACUGUUGGGAUGCGGAAAUAGAAUGCUCUGAUGGCUGGAUUGAAUGUGUUGGGAUUGCUGAUAGAUCUGAUUAUGAUUUACGAGCUCAUUCGGAGAAAAGUGGUGUCCCUUUGGUUGCUCAUGAGAAGUUCUCAGAACCUAGAGAGGUGGAGAAGCUGGUUAUUACCCCAUUAAAAAGAGAACUAGGUCGUGCAUUUAAGGGUAACCAAAGAAUGGUGGUUGAAGCAUUGGAGGCCAUGAGUGAAAAAGAAGCACUGGUAAUGAAGGAAGCUUUGGAUAAUAAAGGAGAGGUGGACUUCCAAGUCUGUACACUUGGAAAAUCUGUGCUUCUAAAGCAAAACAUGGUAUCUAUUAGUAUGGAAAGAAAGAAGGAACAUCAAAGGCUUUUUACCCCGUUUGUUAUCGAACCAUCUUUUGGUAUUGGACGAAUAAUCUACUGUCUCUUUGAGCAUUCUUUCUACAGAAGACGAAGCUAUUCAGAGAAUGAACAGCUAAAUGUGUUAUGCAUCCCUCCUAUUAAGCGCACCAUUUAUCCAGCAAUCAAGUAUCAGCAGUUUGAUGGAGCGGCCAAACUCAUGGCUAAAUCACUAAAGAAGGCUGGGAUCUUACAUAAAUUAGAUGUUACAGGCAUGUCUAUAGGAAAACAUUAUGCCAGGACGGAUACGCUUGGUGUCCCCUUCGCCAUAACCGUCGAGGCCCACAAGGCCCUCAAGGUGGAGCACGGUGUCGCCGCAAAGCGACUCCAGUCCGCCUUCAUUGGCAACGGCAGCAACAAGGAGGCAUUUCGGCAGGCCGUCGUGAACACGCUCGAGAGGAGGCUCUUCUACAUCCCCUCCUUCAAGAUCUACGGCGGCGUCGCCGGCCUCUACGACUAUGGGCCUCCUGGGUGCGCCGUUAAGUCCAACGUCCUUGCCUUUUGGCGCCAGCACUUUGUUUCGGCGGAGCGCAUGUCGGAGGUAUGGUGUCCCUGUCUCACGCCAGAGAUAAUCUUGAAGGCAUCUGGUCAUGUGGAUAAAUUCACUGACCUGAUGGUGAAGGAUGAGAAGACUGGGAUGUGCUACCGUGCCGAUCACUUACUCAAGGACUAUUGCAAGGGAAAGCUCGAGAAGGACCUCACAUUAUCGCCUAAUAAGGCUGCAGAGUUCAAGCAUGUCAUCACGGUGUUGGACGAUCUUUCUGCUGAAGAGAUAGGGGCGAAGCUGAAGGAGUAUGAUAUCAGAUCACCUGAUACCGGGAACCACAUCUCUGAUCCAUACCCCUUCAAUCUCAUGUUUCAGACUUCGAUUGGCCCAUCGGGCAUGCUUCCUGGGUAUUUGAGGCCAGAAACAGCACAGGGUAUCUUCGUGGAUUUUGAGGAAUUGUACAAUUACAAUGGCGAGAAGCUUCCAUUUGCAGCAGCUCAGAUUGGGCAGGCAUUUAGAAAUGAGAUUUCACCUCGUCAAGGUCUUUUAAGAGUCCGUGAGUUCACACUAGCUGAGAUAGAGCACUUUGUGGAUCCUGAGGACAAAUCCCACCCGAAGUUUGUUCAUGUUGCCAACCUGGAGCUUUUGAUGUUCCCCAGGGAGGAGCAACUAGCUGGGAAAUCAGCCAAGUCAAUGAUCCUUAGUGAAGCUGUUUCAAAGGGAAUAAUCAACAAUGAGACACUUGGUUAUUUCAUAGGACGGGUGUAUCUUUUCUUGACUCGUCUGGGAAUUGACAAAGAUAGAUUGCGCUUCAGGCAGCAUCUGCCAAAUGAGAUGGCUCACUAUGCUGCAGACUGUUGGGAUGCGGAAAUAGAAUGCUCCUAUGGCUGGAUUGAAUGUGUUGGGAUUGCUGAUAGAUCUGCUUAUGAUUUACGAGCUCAUUCGGAGAAAAGUUGUGUCCCUCUGUUUGCCUGUGCGAAGUCCUCAGAACCUAGAGAGGUGGAGAAGCUAGUUAUUACCCCAUCAAAAGAAGAACUAGAUCUUGCAUUUAAGGGGAACCAAAGAAUGGUUGUUGAAGCAUUGGAGGCCAUGAGUGAAAAAGAAGCACUAGAAAUGAAAGAAGCUUUUGAUGAUAAAGGAGAGGUGGACUUCCAAGUCUGUACACUUGGAAAAUCGGUAGUGAUAAAGAAAAACAUGGUAUCUAUCAGUAUGGAAAGAAAGGAACAUCAAAUGGGUUAUUUUACCGCAUCCGUGAUUGAGCCAUCUUUUGGUAUUGGACGAAUAAUCUACUGUCUCUUUGAGCAUUCUUUCUACAUAAGACCAGGCAGAUCAGAGGAUGAACGGCUGAAUGUGUUCUGCUUCCCUCCUCUAGUGGCUCCGAUUAAGUGUACUGUUUUCCCAUUAAUCAAGUCUCAGCAGUUUGAUGAAGUGGCCAAACUCAUAGCUGAAUCACUAAUGGCGGCUGGGAUCUCAUAUAAAUUGGAUGCUACAGGCACGUCUAUAGGGAAACGUUAUGCCAGGACGGAUGAGCUUGGUGUCCCCUUUGCCAUAACUGUUGAUUCGGCUACUAGUGUGACCAUACGUGAGAGGGACAGCAAGGAACAGAUCCGUGUAAGCAUUGAGGAGGUGGUCUCAGUUGUGAAAAAACUCACGGUUGGGCAAAGCACAUGGGCUGAUGUGCUCUGUAGCUACCCAACCCACGUUGCUACACAUGCUGAUGAGCUGUGAAGCGGCUUCUGACGGAUGAAGUGAUGAAAGCAAUUCCUUAUCUUGCUGAAUUUUCAAACUACUGGAACUUAUCAGGCUAUUAUUGUUGAGUUACCCAGGAAAAAGAAGAUUUAUCUUAUUUAUUCGUGCUCUCAAAUGGUCUGGAUAUCUUCAUUUUAUAAGUGGAUCUAUGGGAUAUAUUUUGUACCUUUUAAGGAUUUUUUUUUUUUUUGACCUUUUAAGGGUUUGACUUGUCAUAAGCAUUUAAGUAUUUGUUCCUGGUGAUAAUGAUUUGAAUUGUGGAAGUGUGUAUUUUGUUGCUUUCUUUUUUUU